GUCGUGAACUACGGUCGUAUUUCUUCUCGAACGACCCCGGUAGAAUCUGAUUUCGUAUCGGCUGUCAGCGGAGAAUCAGAACAGAUUUCAAUAUCGAUCGUACGUGCUAAAUAGAAAAGUUUCAAAAGAGACAAAUCAAUUAAUCUUCUGAUAAAUAAUCAUAAUUAAGUUUGAUUUAUUUUCAUCUAUCUUCUGCAUCGUCUUCUACUAGUGUUAGUGCACAAAAUAAUAUUGAACAACUAUUCGUGAAGUGCCCUGAAUUCAUCAUCAACCAGGUGAAGCCAUAGGUACAUAAGGGAGGUAAAUUCCCCUGAAUUCCCUUCCUUGGAACCUCCUUUUUGGAACCAGAUUAGCGGUGAUUCGCCUAGGUUUCUUCUGCAGCCCGUUGGGGUAAGUUGCAUUUCACAAUUCUUUGGUUGUUCAAUAUUAGUAGCAAAAUUCAUCUGAAAUUGACCGCAAACCCCUCUUUGCGGACAAUUAUUGGUGCCGAAACCCGGGAAAAUAUCUUAAAACCCCCUAAAUUCAGUCUAAUUGUCAUUUCCGUUCAUCUGAUUGAAUUCGUGAUUUGAUUGUCAUUCAUUAAUUGGUUAGUUAUUGAAAAUUCAUAACACGGUUAUCUUAUCGCGCGUCAUCUGUUCAUUAUCUUCAACGAUAAAUACAUCGUCUGUUCUUCUUAGAUUUUUCGGAAUUAAUUUAUACCGAUAUACAUACCGGGGUCAUUCGACAAUUUAAAAUGCCGUCAAUGGAUAAAUUGAAGGCCUCUUUGGCAACAUCUAUCAUCAAGCGCGAGAAUGCAUUUUCUGCGGCAUCUACUCUUCUUAAAUUGAUAAAGGAUUUGACCACAGAAGUCGAUGUGGCCAACAUGUGUCUGGCUGAGUUGGUCAAAGUGGAAAAGACUUUCAGGGAGGCUGAUGAGUUAGUUGUCCAACCCAAUUCUCAGCUAGAGGAGCCUGGUCAGAUCGGAUCACCAUCAAAAUUCGAGGCAUUUUUUGAAAUUUGCCUACAUGUACGUGCCGCCCAUAGUCGUCUAACCGCAUCUACGUCUGUUAAGGCGCCAUCAUUGUCAUCGGCUGAGCUACCUAUUCCGCGGGUUGACCUGCCUUGCUUUCAGGGCAAGGUUGAGGAAUGGCCCGGAUUCAUCGCUCUAUUCGAUGCCUUAGUGCAUCAGAACAAUUCCCUGGCGCCCGUUCAGAAGUUUCACCUCUUGGCAUCUGCCAUCUCUGGUGAAGCAGCAUCUGUCAUUUCUGGCUUUCAAUUAAAUUCGGUGAAUUACCCUCUGGCCUAUCAAGCCCUUCACUCCCGGUAUCAAAACCCUCGUCGGUUGGCGAAUUUUUAUGUGAAUCAGAUCUUGGAUUCACGGCCCGCAUCUGUGUCUUCCUUACCACAAACGAACGCGAACCACUUACGAAAUAAAAAAUUAUUAUUUGGUUGAUCGUUGUCAUCAAUCAUACGAUUAUAAACCACGGCGCAGUAACCCCUCUCAGAGGCGUCACAAAAUCCUACGAGUUGGUAAGACUUGGCUUUCGGGGAGAGAAGUUUGCGAGGAAUGGUGAUCGAGGAUAGGAUCUGAAUUUGGGAUUUGAAUGCAUCCCAGACUCUAGCGAUAUCUGGAGGAAGUUCAUCAUCCCAAUCAAUACCUGACGACCAGACUCUUUGCAAAAGGUGCUUCAGGAGAAAAGUCACUGGAGCUAAAAAACCUAUGGGAUCAUAGAUGCGAGCUAUUUGGGAAAGUAAGUGUCGCUUUGUAGAAGAUUUAUUCAAGGGUUCAAAGCUGAAGCGAAAACAAUCUCCCUUUGGAUCCCAU